UGUUUAACCGACCUCAGAUCAGCUUCUCCGGGGAGGGAGGUAGACGCGCUUCCUCUCUGCCCUGCGAUGAGCUGUUGUUCUUAAAAUGGCGCCGUUAGACUUGGACAAGUAUGUUGAAAUUGCGAGACAGUGUAAAUAUCUUCCAGAGAAUGACUUAAAGAGAUUGUGUGACUAUGUAUGUGACCUGCUACUAGAGGAAUCAAAUGUACAGCCAGUAUCCACUCCAGUCACCGUUUGUGGGGACAUACAUGGACAGUUUUAUGACUUAUGUGAACUCUUCAGAACUGGAGGACAAGUUCCAGACACAAACUACAUUUUCAUGGGUGACUUUGUGGACAGAGGUUAUUACAGCUUAGAGACGUUCACAUACUUGCUUGCACUUAAAGCUAAGUGGCCGGACCGCAUCACACUGUUGCGUGGGAAUCACGAGAGCAGACAGAUCACACAAGUGUAUGGCUUUUAUGAUGAGUGCCAAACUAAGUAUGGAAAUGCCAAUGCUUGGCGAUACUGCACAAAAGUGUUCGACAUGUUGACUGUUGCUGCCUUGAUAGAUGAGCAGAUCCUGUGUGUGCAUGGUGGCCUUUCACCUGAUAUCAAAACCCUAGACCAGAUCCGCACCAUUGAACGUAACCAGGAAAUUCCCCACAAAGGGGCAUUCUGUGACCUUGUCUGGUCUGAUCCAGAGGAUGUUGACACCUGGGCUAUCAGCCCAAGAGGUGCUGGCUGGCUGUUUGGUGCCAAAGUCACCAAUGAGUUUGUCCACAUCAACAACCUGAGGCUGAUCUGUCGCGCACAUCAACUGGUUCACGAGGGCUACAAGUUCAUGUUUGAUGACAGGCUGGUGACCGUGUGGUCAGCCCCUAACUACUGUUACCGCUGUGGCAACAUCGCCUCCAUCAUGGUCUUCAAAGAUGUGAACACGAGGGAGCCUAAGCUGUUCCGGGCUGUGCCUGAUUCGGAGAGGGUUAUACCCCCUAGAACGACAACACCCUACUUCCUCUGAGUCUGCAGUCUUCAGUGCCCACUGUGUCCACCCUCCCCUCUUUCCCAUUUUGGUCAAACUCUGUUUUUUUUCUUUAUUUUUUAAAUCAGAUUUCUUUUUUAUAUAUAAGUAUUUAAAUACAUUUCUCAACCCCUCCCCGCCUCCUGAUUAGGUCAUAAUAGACUCCAAGACUUCUACAUUUGAGUCAGUCAUUCUGAUAAGUGUUUUCAGGAACUUGUCAUGUAGAAAUUGAAGUACAGUUUAGAGUAGAAGUUCUGGGUGCUGUUUUUACUCCCAUCAACUCACAUUUGACAGUUAAAUGAGUUACUGUCAAUUCUAGAGUUGAUGCUUGUAAAACAUCAUCAUGAUGAAACGCAAAUUUGUUGCUAUGUUCAUAUUCUUAAAUCUGGCCCCGAAGUCCCUAAAACGAAAGUGAUGGUAUAUAUGUGUAUAGUGGAGACCCUGAGAUGGGGUGAGGGGGGAGCCAAUGAGACAGAGGAGGCUGUUAUUGUUUUGUACGUUUAAAUAAUUGUAUUGAUUUUCAUCACCUUUUUCUCAGAUUUGUUGUAUUUUAUUAUUGUAGAAAUGGCAACCCAUAUACCAGGUAAAUAUUAAAAAUAAACCCCUUUAUUAUUAACUUAA